AUGCCUUGGUCAUUUGCUCUCCCUCAGGGCGUGUUUACGUCGCCGCUUCUGGCGAUCGCGACGCCCAUCAUCGGCGGAACCACUACCGCGCUCCUAGUGAACCGAAACAACACCCAAAGCACCUACCGUUCCCUCCGCCAACCUCCGUUCAGCCCACCCGGCUGGCUCUUCGGACCGGCCUGGACACUGCUGUACGGAUUAAUGGGGUAUGCGUCACACCAUGCGACGACCACGGCGGCUGGCUCGCUUUCCCUGGCGGUGCAAAACGCCAAUGCCAGUGCCCAGACCCUGUACACCAGCCAGCUCGCGCUGAACUUCCUCUGGAUGCCACUUUUCUUUGGAGUGGGGCGACCGGCCGCGGCCCUUGGCGAUAUGGCGCUCCUGGCGGGCAAUGUGGCCUUGCUGCUUGUCAACUGGUGGAGUGCGGACCGGACGGCGUUUUGGUUGAUGACUCCGUAUGCCGCGUGGCUGGGGUAUGCGACGUAUCUGAAUGUCGGCGUGGGAUACUUGAAUGGGUGGAGACUGCCGGAGGAGAAGAAGCGCUCGGAGUAA